CCUUUCUUUACAAAUGGAACAUGGAAGGAAGUAUUGAGGCUAGAGUCUAGUACAUCGACAAGCAAUGGAGGGAAAGAGUUAUCAUUAUCUACUCCUGUUCAUAGGACUGUUUCUUUGCCUGUUUCAGAACGUCAAUGGCGAAACGUCACGGUGCACUGUUAGACGCCUAUAUUCUGGCGGAUUUCAGCCAGAUGGUAAAAUCAUAUACAACCAUGGUGAAAACAUGACUUUCUAUUGUGAUAAUGGCUUUGAGAAAGAACACACCACUAGGUACUGGUGUGAUAGCGGGGAUGCAGUCCCAAGCAUUCCAAGGUGUAUUAAAACAGCACGAGCGUGCAGUGCACCAGACCUCCAAGAUCAUAUGACACCUUCACGACCUCGCUUUCCUCAUGACAUGCUUCUUGGUGUCUCAUGUGAACACGGGUUUGAGCUUAGUACACGCCAAGAACUACCAAGAUGCAAUGAAGGUCGCUGGAACAGACCCUUAGCUGCAAUAUGUCAGAGAGUGCCAUGUGGACAUCCAAUGAGGUCCCCUCAUAGAAGCAUUGAAAUACUGCCAGGAGUACAAGGAUAUGUGCAUGGUUCCAGAGUCAGGUAUAGCUGCAGUGAUGGCUGGGAAAUCGAAGGAACUGCAGACAGAGAGUGCGACAAUGGACAAUGGACUGGUUCCAUGCCACAAUGCAGACUAGCAGGCCCUCCUCGAUGCAUGCUCCCAGAGAGAUCCAGAGGAGAGCGUUACUCAAUCACAGGUUUUGCAGGGAAUAUCUUUGAUGAGGGUUUGCCCAUUGGUGAGCGUGUAUCCAUUUCUGUUAGGUGUAAUUCAGGCUAUACAGCUCAGCCUGCAGUGCAGACAGUAUGUUUAGACUUGGAGAGGGGAGUAUGGUCAGUCGCUGUACCGAUAUGUGUAAGGAUUGAAAGGUUGUGUCCUAGGCCUGGAUACAUUUCUCACGUUGUUCAGUAUGUGAACGGAAUAGAGACGAACCAACUUGCUACUUACCCUCAUGAUGAGCUUCCUGAAGGGACCUUUCUAGUGUCUCGUUGCUCACUUCCUGGAGAAUAUGUGUUGCGUGGUAGUGCAAAUAGAACCUGCUUCGAUGGCGGCUGGACGGGGGAGGAACCGAGAUGUGUUAAUGCAGCCACCAGGAUCAGCUUUCAAAAUAACCAGCCCCUUGAAGUCAGGAGUAAUGGAACAAUCGUCAUUCAUCCACGCGGUCAGCUCUACAUUUAUUGUCGCAUGCCUUACGAUAGCUAUGCGAGGGCAAUAUUUGAAUCAGAUAAUCAAUAUGGACCGAAUGCUAAUGCUGAUCGUUGGAAUAGUUAUGGAACAAAAGUAAUGAACCUAGACCCACCAAGUCCGUCACAUUCUGGUCGUUUCACUUGCCGGUCUCGCGACUCUAGACUUUCUCACACUGUCGAUGUUCAGUUUGCUGAGAUAUAUUGUGACGAUCCUACGGCACCAACCAAUGGCGAAAUCCAAGACUAUGACAACGGUUGGAGACAUGAACGAUAUUACAUGGGCAAAUUGAUCACAUUUACUUGUAACGAUGACUACACUCUUAGCGGGGCAAGAAGGAUGUCUUGCGUGUUUGGGGAGUGGUCACAUCCUGCUCCAACAUGCAAAAGAGCAACAUGUGAAGAACUACGUCCCCCAACCCAUGGGACCAAGAUAGGAGGGAACCGAGUAGGUGACUCUGUGCUCAUAGGGUGCUACCAGGGAUAUCAGUUACAAGGAGAGCCUUUCUUGGAUUGUCAGGAAAGUGGAAACUGGUCCCAUCCCCUACCUGCUUGCGUUGAAAUCGUUGUGCCAGAGAGGCCCUGUGAUUCGGUCAGAUGCGAGGUGUGGCAGAAAUGUGAGACGGACUCAUCUGGUGUCGGUGUGUGUAGGUGUAUCAGUCCCCAUUCCUGCCCUGUAACUGAUGAGCCAGAGGUCUGUGGGACAGACGGACAGAACUACACCAACUUGUGCCAGCUCAUGUCUCUCGCAUGUAUUCGGAAUACUGGCGUAGAGGAAGCUUCGAGUUAUAGGCCCUGCAUUGAUGGUGUGCCGGAGCGAGUGUUGCCAUCACCAACGUCAUCUAUUGAUAACGAUGAGCCAAGCGAGUUAUCCUCCUUUGAGGGUUAUUCCGAAGUUGUGUCGGAGCGUGUGUUCCCAUCACCAACGUCAUCUAUUGAAAACGAUGAGCAAAGCCAGUUUUCCUCCUUUGAGAGUCCUUUAACCCCUGAACCAAUCCUCCCGGAAUCAGCCCUCCCGACUGAAGAAGGACCUGUACUAGAGACAGACACACCUUCAUCCAGAUCUUAUCCAUUCUGUCAUGCCGAUGUAUGCCCUUCUAGCUCAGCAGCAGAAUUGUGCCAGAACGCAACAGCAAUCGUGAUCGCUAACGUUGGUGAUUGGGAUGCAGACCUCGGUAUCUUAAGGAUUCAAAUCUAUGAAGUGAUGGCCGGCGAGCUGCCAUCGUGGACAAACGGCUCUUACCAAGACGUUCUAAUUGAUGUUGGUGCUGCCUCAGAAAUGGGAUGUCUUUGCCCAUCCUUUCCAACAGUAGACCCUGUCAUCAUACGCUUCAGUCAAAACCUGAUGCAGGAUGGAAAAGGCCAGCUCCUACACACUGACAUUGUUCUCCCAUACUCUGGAGAUUUGUAUGGAGAAAUAAUAUGGCUAUUGAAAGAGCCUGUCCCUGUACAGACCCCAGACGUCUGAAGUACAAGAUGAGUCGAGCAACCUUUAUUAGCCUUAAUGAUCAGGAGGAGCCAAUUUCAUCAAUUUUAUUUGAUCCAGUCGUCAUUUUAACAACGGCCCACAUCAACACAGAAGGCGUCAGUCUGCUGUCUUCAGUAUAUCCUCUUAGGAGGAGAGCUUAUAUCUCGUCUACGAGUCUGUCAAUUCGAGGAAGCCCCCGUGGUAUCACUUCAUAUGAUAUUUAAUUCAAUUCUACAAACUUUCAAAAACAUUUCCCAGAAAAUGUUAGCCCCGUUCGCGUGAAAACCAUUACAAAAUAAGGUUUAAAUAUAACCCUACUAGGGGCGUUUCAAGUACAAGUAAACGUUCACACCAAGUACCCUAAAACAUUGUACAUACGUUUUCAUGUUGGUGAACAAAAUGCAAAUAAGGUGACUCUUUUUCAUGAAAUUUCUUGCACUUUCAACAAGGCAUAUUUUUUUAAAA